GUAUUUUUUUCCUUACAUACACAUAUAUGCAUGAUGGCUCUAGAAUGACAUCAGAACACUACAUUCUCAAAGUUUAGUUGUAAAGGUCGUGUGUUGGGUUGAUGGAGGGCAGAAGGACACGUGAGAUGCCAAAACCCGCAGAUGUGAUGAUAACCACGCCGUUAUAUCAACAACACCAGCAGUAUGAAAUCGCCAAGUUCCUGAAGACCAAGCCAUUGUUUUUGGGGAUUUUGGAAAUAUUGCUAGCCUUACUGGCACUCGGUUUGACGAUCUGGAUAAAGUGUUAUUUUCUUCUCUGGUCACCAAUCAUUUACAUUAUAAUAGGAGCUGUAACAGUCUCGGCUGCACACACACUUAAACCAUGUCUGGUCAAAGCCUCACAAAUGAUCGGAUAUGUAAAUUUUGCAAUAUCUGCUUUCUCCCUGUUCUUUCACUUCAUCUUGAUUUUUAUUAUUAUGGAUGUGUCCAUCUAUGUCCUUCUCGCCUGUGAUAUUCUGAUCUUCAUCUUCUCUCUUGUUAUUGCCAUAAGCUACUGUUCCUGUUGCUGCAACCCAGAGUCAACCCCUGUCAUGGUCAGUUGUGUGACCACACAUUUGCCUGUCAUGCAUAUGGGCCAGCUGUACCCUUCUGCAGUGGCCCAGCCUGUUAGUUCGGUCAUGUACAUGUUCCCACAUGGCUCAGUCCCAUCUGCUCCUCUGCCAAAUUAUGGUCCCGUCCCCACUGCAUCUGCACCAAUGUACACUCCAGUACAAACAACACCUCCACCCAACUACGACAAACUCUCAGAUGCACUUCCACCAAACUACAGUCCAGUCCCAAGUUCACCUCCACCAGCAUAUGAGUAUGAAGAUUUGCAGACCAGAAGGUGAACUAGAUCUCAAACACAAAUGGGAAUAUUUGAUGUUUGCAGAUGGAAAACCAAAAAUAUAUUUGUAAAUCAAUGAUGAGAAACAUUUAUAAGAGUCUUGUUUUCAUUAUUUGGGUUCCUUAUCCCCCAAAAGUUUGUUUCAUUUGAUAUGACUUUACAAAGUGACAAAAUAAAUUCUUAGUUUGCUUAA